GGCGAUAACUUUGAAAAACAAGAACAACUUAAGUGAAUACAAAAAGAGUUGUGACAUACACAUGAGUAAAUAAGUUCCUAGAGCGUUUGGGAAACGAGUUUUUAAAGAAAGUUACAUUAGUCAAUAGAUUUGACAGGAAAUUCUUAAUUUUUGUGGAUUGCUGACACAAUAUUUUUCGAGAGUUCUUUCGAAAGGACAACGAAAUGGAGCCUGUUCGUCGCAAGCGAGAGGAUUCGAGUGACGAGGACGACGGCGGAAGGUUCCGGAAGAGGACUGGCGAGGUGAAGCUGUGGUACGUGGAGAAGUUGAUGCGGCGCCUGAGCCACCAGUGCGGCAACUCCACCGAGAUGAAGCUGGGUUACCUGGUGCACCUGCUGCGGCACCUGCGACCGGAGCUCGAGGAGCACCUGCUGAGCUUCCUGGGGAUCUGCGUGGGCGAGAGUCCUGGCCAGGCGAGUGUGUACGCCACCCUGGUGGGUCUGCUGAAUGCGAGGAGCCUGGAACUCGGCUUCGAGAUCGUGCACUUCAUGGUGCGGAAGCUUCAGGAGUGCAUAAACAUGCGCGAGUGGUCCAAGAGCCGGGGAAUAGUCCACUUCCUGGUGGAUCUGUACCACUGCAAGGUGGUCACCUCUUCGUCCCUUUUGGACUUCCUCAACAGCUUCGUGCGGGAGUGCGAGGACCCGAGCGACCAGUACGAUGUCCUGGACUCCGUUCCGCAGACUCGUCGCGACUGGCUGGCCACUUGUGUGCUCUCCGCACUGCCCCUCAUCGGCCAGGAGCUGCAGCACAAGGAGGCCUUCGAGCGGCUGAUGGUCACGCUGCAGAUCUACGUGAAGAAGCGAUGCGCUCUGGACUCCAACACGCUGGCCGUUUGGCGGGACACGGAGCACCUGGACCACUUGGAGCUGCUCUGGCACCAGGUGGACGUAAUGCGGCAGGAGCAGUGGUCGGAGCCGGAGCACCAGCUGAUCCCGCGACCCUAUCUCGUGUUCGCCUUGAGUGGGGCCAUUCCGCACCCGCUGCCUGUUUUCCAGGUGCCCGUCCACGAGCAGGGAUGCCGCUAUCCCCCGCUUCGAGCCACCUUUCGCCUCUUCUCGGAUGAAAUGAGCUGCAACUACCUGCCUCUGCCCUCCGCGUUCAGCAUAGAGCGGUACUUGCUGGAGGCGCAGAUCCAGGACCUGCUGUACACCCACCACCUGGACAAGGGCUUCUGUGCCGACAACCUGCUCUGCUACGCCGCCACGAAGCCCCACUUGGCGGUCCACCACUCGAUCGUAGAGGUGAUCCUGGGCGAGAUGCUGCAGCUGCCGCAGUCGCAGUGGAUCACCCUCAACUACGGAGCCAUUCUGGUGGAGCUGCGCAAGCGGCAGCCGGACAAGAUUCCCCAGAUCCUGGUCCAUGCCGCCGACAUCCUCUUCGACCGACUGGACUCCAUGAAUGUGGCCGUCUUCGAUCGGCUGGUCAACUGGCUGUCGCACCAUUUGAGCAACUUCGGGUUCACCUGGCACUGGAAGAAGUGGGCCGACUGCCUCCCGCUUCCCGUCGAUGUCAGUGCCAGCAGUCUGAGCCCAAAGGUGGUCUUCCUCAGGGAGCUCAUUAAGAAGUGCAUCAGUAUUUUGUGUAUCCGGCACGACAAACAUCUCUCCAAACCCAGAUUAUCGUACCACCGAAGAAUCGCUGAGAUUCUGCCGGACAACCUGGCUGGCUUUCUGCCGCCACCCGCGCUUCCUCGCUUCAAGUACGUCGACCAGCUGCUCCCGGGUGCCAAGCUGUCCAAGGAGCUUCUGGAAGUGAUGCGCACCAAGGACACCAGCCCAGAAGCCAUCUCCGGAGUUAUAAAUGCAUUCAAUGGCAUCGGGCCGCUGCUCAAGACCAACGUGUUCACGCAGAACUGCCUUCACUUGGGAGCCAAGUCGUUCAGUCACACAUUUGCAAUUAUAACCAAAUAUCACUUGGUGUUCAAGGAAUUGGCUGGCAACGAUCCGGAGCAACAGCAUGCGAUCCUGAGCGCAAUCUUCGAGGUUUGGGAGGACAGCGAUCACCUGAAAUUCGUGGUGAGUGAGAAGCUGCUCCGAAGGACGGUGCUGGAGUCCAGAUGCAUCGUGUCCUGGGUCUUCGGCCCGCUGAUGCACAAGGAGCUCACCAAGAUGUACAUCUGGGAGCUGCUGCACUCCACGGUGCGUUGGGUGAAGCAUCUCCAGAAGCAGAACGAGGUUGUGAGUGUGGAUGAUCCCAAUGAAACCGAUUAUGCGGUCAGGGGCAUCCUGCUGGACAUCCUGCACCGCUUCGUAAAGGUCCUGUCCGCCGCUCCGCAGGGAAAGAAGGGGUCCGAGGAGGAGCUCUGGUUCCAAUGGGUUCUCGGCAGGCUGCUGGAGACGCUUUUCAUCUACGCGGAAGACUACAAGAGGAUGGCCUGCAAGCUGAUCAAAAUCUCCGGGGAGACUGACCUCCGGGAAGACAUCUCGAAAACUAUCCAGAGCUUCCUGGCUCACGUUAUUUAAAGUUGUAACUCCUUUAUUAUUUUAUAUUUUAUUCUUCAAUUGUUUCCAUUUCGAGUAGUGGGUGUACAACACCAAAAGCCUAAUUAACUUGUUCUUGAUAUAUUAUGUCUAAUUUAUAUAUAAUAAAUUUGGGCAUUAUUAAAUGUACCUCUUAUUGAUUAA